AUCGAUAUACGUAUAUGCUCGCCGGCGAUGGCUCUCCACUGCCCCCCCACCGCGCUAGCCACUAGCUCAACAUCACUCUUCAUCGCCGCAGGCCCUGCGCUCCACGUGUUCAACCCUUCCACCUCCACCUUCGCGUCGUGCGCCGCUGAUGGCACGGGAGGGCUGAUUCGGCUGCUCGCUGUGAGGGAGGACGGGGAGGUCGCCGCCACGCUCGGAGAGGACAAGCAACUCGCUGUGUGGGAUAUCCAGCAUGAUAGGCCCCAGUUCAGACACACCAGAACCGUCGUCAAGAAGGGCUCCUGUCUUUCGUUCGCCAAAGACGGAUCGAUCAUCCUCACAGACAAGGUCGGAGAUGUCUACUCCUACCCGCUUGACCCUGUCCCUAUCGACCCUUCCGCCGAGAGACCGCCCAUGUACACUCUCGUGGCUGACCCUUCUCAAAAUCCGGAUGCAACCUAUCUUCUUGGUCAUGUAUCGAUGCUCAACGCCCAUGUUAUGACGCCCGAUGGGAGGCGAAUUAUCACCGCCGACAGAGACGAGCACAUUCGUGUAAGCCGAUACCCCAAGGCCUAUGUCAUUGACAAGUACCUCUUUGGCCACGACGGCUUUGUGUCUGCGUUACAUAUCCCUCCCUCCAACCCUUCUCUUCUUCUCUCCGCUGGUGGGGACCCUUCUCUUCUCAUCUGGAACCCAUCCACGGGCAAGCUUCUCACGUCUGUGCCGGUCUGGCCUGCCGUCCUUUCUCACCGUCGGGUCCGCUCCCACCUCCGUCGACACAAGCCUGGAUCUAGGAAACUCAAGAUGGAUCCUGUGCCGGAGGACAUGGACGAGGAGAACCAGACGUUCUACACUGCGCCCGAAGGUUACAUGUUACCUUCCGGCCAGGGCGUGUGUAUCAAGAAGAUUGAAAGCGUAAAGAUCGGGGGAGAGACUGUUGUGCUGUUUUUCUCUGAGGGUGCGUCGGCCAUACACUCGUUUAUUUUGCCUACCGAUCCCGAGGGCGUCAAGCCUACUGUUCACACCUUGCCUCUCCCCCAUCCCCUCAUCGAUUUCACACCUAUCCCUUCAACAUCUUCUGCCGACGAAAAAGAAGUUCUUCUUUCGCUCGACACUGCCUGGGAUGUGCUAAAAAAGAAUCCUGGACCCGGUAUUGAAGGCCGACAAGACACUAUCCAACGUGAUGACCUCUCUGAUGAGGAAAAGCGAAAUAUUUCCAAGAUCUUUUCAGUAGCCAGGAUCUCUGCCGAUGGCCAUUUAUCACUUGGUGACGCUUCCGUUUAUGACUCUCUCGUUUCCAACCUUCCCAGCACUGAUAUCAAGACUCUGUCCAACGUCAACCUCUACCCUCUCCUUUGUGUCCUCCCUCGCUGGCCUGGAUUUGAAGAAGGCGACGAAGAGCUCACCGUCAAUACUGGUACCCCCGACACCCCUGGCACCCCUGGUCCUGCUGAUGCCGUUUCUCUCGCCCCUACAUCAGGUGCUUUCCUCCAGAAAUCAUACACCCAAGAAGAACUGGAGAAGAUGAACACCAAGCAGCUGGGCCGCCUCAAGUCUGCAGGCAUUGAUGUUGGCAGUAUCUUGUUGGCCAGGCAGAAGAAGGCCAAGGAGGAACACAAGGCGCGAAAAGCUGCGGCCAAAGCCAAGGCUGAGGCACAAAAGAACCAGAAAGAAGGAGGUAGGCCGGCGAAGAAGAAAAAGAAGGUGGAGAUGAGUGAGGAGGAGUUGGCGAAUGCUUAAAUUUUAUUCUCUUGAUCUUAGAUGGCUGGAUGGUGCGAUGCAUAUGUAUAUUA